AAAGAGGCUUAGACGAAGUCUCGCUCGAUGGUUUUGAUCAGUCGUAGCCACGGUUGUAGCGAACGCCUGUCACCGAUCUCGACCUUUUUUUUUUAUUGCGGAUUGUCGCCGGCAGCUUCGCCAAAUUUUGAGGUUUUUUUUGUCUCUACGAAGUAGUACUGGCGGGAACGGAGACGGGCAAGCGAGAGGAGGGGGUGCAAAGUGACACAAGAGACAAGAGAGAGAGUUGGUGCCGCGAGGAGGUGUAUUUGAGUUUGGUGAGGUUUGAUCCGAUGGUUUCCUUUUUUUUUGAGAGGACUCGAUUCCAUAGGUUGAUAGUGAGGCGUAUCCCUUGUAUAAGGGUCCACGCCAGGGGCGAAGUUUCGGAGCCGUACAGAGGCGACGUAGAGGGCAGCGAGAACGAGGGAAAUUUGCUGGGCGCUGUGAUCAUCACGUAGCGCCGGUUAGGAGACCCGGAGUUUUGGAUGAUCGCGACGUCGAAGACACGGACCUGGUGAGUUGCACAUCGGGGGAUCCAGGCUGCGGCAGGACUUGGUCAGCGCGUCGCCGUCGUCCUGUGGGAAGACUCCUGUUUUUUUGUGAACUCCGAGUAAAAGAACACGCCUUAUCGCGAUUGGAAGUUUUCUUAUCGUUUGUCGCCCAGACCAAACCGUUUUUUUAACUGCGUCUCUCUCUCUCCCUCUCUCUUUCACUCUCUACAUGAAGAUUGAAGACUUAUUAGAUUUGUAUGAGAUUCUGGAAGUAAACCCCAACAGCAGUGUUCCAGAGAUUAAAAAGGCAUACAGGAAAAAAGCGCUUCAAUGUCACCCUGACAAAAAUCCAGACAAUCCAAAUGCUGCGAAAGAGUUUCACCAGUUAUCAAAAAUUCUUGAAAUAUUAAUUGAUGAAACUGCGCGAAAAGCAUAUGAUGGAGUUUUAACAGGACGUAAGGAAGCGGCUUUAAGGCACAAAGAACUCGACAGUAAACGGCGUAAACUAAAAGAGGACUUGGAAGCUCGUGAAAAGCGCGCCUGUGAUUCCAAGAGAGAGAAAACAGCGGAUGAAAAACUUAGAGCGGAGAUUGAAAGGCUUCGCAGAGAAGGGUCGAAACAAGUCGAGGAAGAGUUAGAGAGAAUUCAGGAGGAAAUCAGAGCACAGAAGAAACAUAGAUCAGAAAAUGAUUGGGACAGCGCUGAUCAUAGAAUAAAAAUAAAGUGGGAUGUUGCCAAAGGUAAUACAACAAACGGGGGAUACACACAUGAAAUGUUGCACAGAUUUUUAUCUAAAUAUGGAAAUAUUAAUGCUCUGGUGGUGUCGGCAAAAAAGAUGGGAAGUGCGCUUGUCGAAUUCGAAACAAGAAAAGCAGCAGAAAUGGCUGUCGAAAUGGGAUGUGGCUUGCCAUCAAAUCGAAUCAAGCUGCAGUGGAUAAAUGUGCCCCCAGGAAAGAAUCAUAGAACCCAGAGUACCCUUGUGAAGCCGUCAGACUACGAAAGCAUUGUUUUAACCAAAAUGCGGCAAGCGGAGGAAAGGCGGCGUUUAAUUGACCAAAUGAAGGCAGAUGAUGGAGAUGACUGACAAUUCGUGUAGAUUUUAAGCUAAAUAAAAUGUUUUUGUUUUCGAA